UCUCUUUUUCCCAGUCCCUGCAUGGGCCACGUGCGCUGUCCCUCGUUUAUACGCUCCCUAAUUUACGCUCCAAAUUUACCCCUUUUUUCCUCUCUCCCUUUCUUCCUAUAAAACCCUCCCCCUCCCCCUCAUUUUCCCCUCAAAUUUCAAUUCACAUCAAUUUCUCUCUCACUACUACACCUAAUUUCCUCUCUCCACCGCUUCUUUUCACAAUAUGGCUGCCGGAGACCGCUCCACAUCCACCACGCCUCCCACUUCCAAAGAGAUCCGCUACAGAGGCGUCAGAAAGAGGCCGUGGGGUCGCUACGCUGCCGAAAUCCGAGACCCACGUAAGAAGACUAGGGUUUGGCUUGGCACAUUCAAUACGGCAGAAGAAGCGGCGCGUGCUUAUGACGCGGCUGCGCGUGAAUUUAGAGGCGCAAAUGCCAAAACUAAUUUCCCUCUUCAAACCGAUUUCCUUAUCGUUGAUAACAAUAACCACAGCAACUUCCAUAAAUCCGCUUGCAGUACUAGUCCCAGCCACAGCAGCACCGUCGAGUCCUCUUCCCCAUCCCCAACGCCGUCGGAUCCUUACCUCGACGGAGGCAUCCACCCGCCAGGCAUUUCCCCUCCAAUUUUCUUCUUCGACGCGUUUGCUCAGGCGGAAAAGAAUAUCAGUGACUUUCGUCGGACCGUUACCGCCGCCGUCGCCGGUGCAAGCGACUCCGAUUCGUCAUCUGUAGGUGAUUUCGACACUACGCGAAAAUCCCGGCCGUUGGAUUUUGACCUCAAUCUUCCAGCUGUGGAAGUUGUCUGAGGAUCCGUGUCUUUUUUUUUUUUCUUUUCAUUUUGAAUAUGAACUAAUUUUUCUAAUUUAAUAUCCGUAAAAUCCAUUUCAAGGAUUGAAUGAAAUAUUCGACCAGAAUGAGAUUAAAAAAUAUAUAUUAGAAGGUGUAUUAUUGUAUAGAUAUCAAAGAAUUUCUCCGAUUUGAAUUUUAUUAAUUUUGGAAUUCAAUUUAAA